AAACUGCGCAGGCGCAGAUAUUCAUCUCGCGAGAAGAGGAACGUCAGCAUGGCGGUGCUCCUUGAAACGACUCUGGGCGAUAUCGUAAUCGAUUUGUUCACAGAAGAAAGGCCCAAAACUUGCCUAAACUUUCUGAAAUUAUGCAAGAUAAAAUACUACAACUACUGCCUCAUCCACAAUGUGCAGAGAGACUUCAUUCUGCAGGCUGGAGAUCCGACCGGCACAGGCCGUGGAGGAGAGUCGGUGUAUAGCAAACUGUAUGGGGACCAGGCACGCUUUUUUGAUGCAGAGAAAACUCCACGCAUCAAACACAAGAAGAAGGGGACGGUGUCCAUGGUGAACAAUGGAAGUGAUCAGCAUGGUUCUCAGUUUCUAAUCACCACUGGGGAGAACCUGGACUACCUGGAUGGAGUUCAUACAGUGUUUGGGGAGGUGACAGAGGGCAUGGACAUCCUGAAGAAAAUCAAUGAGGCCUUUGUUGACAAGGAUUUUGUCCCAUUUCAGGAUAUCAGGAUAAACCACACAGUGAUCCUGGAUGACCCGUUCGAUGACCCCCCUGACCUGCCAGUGCCUGAUCGAUCACCCGAACCCACCAAAGAGCAGCUGGAUAGUGGCCGUAUCGGUGCAGAUGAAGUGAUCGACGACACGGAUGGGAAAGGAGCCGAGGAACUGGAGGAGAAGCUGUUGGAGAAAGACGCCAAGACCCAGGCUAUCCUGCUGGAGAUGGUGGGCGACCUCCCUGACGCAGAUGUGAAGCCUCCAGAGAACGUGCUGUUUGUGUGCAAACUGAACCCAGUGACCACAGACGAGGACCUGGAAAUCAUCUUCUCUCGCUUUGGACUCAUAAAAAGCUGUGAGAUCAUCAGAGACUGGAAAACUGGAGAUUCCCUCUGUUACGCUUUUAUAGAGUUUGAAAAGCAAGAAGACUGUGAGAAAGCUUACUUCAAAAUGGACAAUGUGCUCAUUGAUGACAGACGCAUUCACGUAGACUUCAGUCAGUCUGUUGCAAAGAUCAAAUGGAAAGGGAAAGGGGGAAAGUAUACUAAAGACGACUUCAAAACCUACGAGAAGGAUGUGGAGAACCGAUCCAAACUGGCUCUGAAGGAUCAGGCGAAGCCAAAACAAGAUUCCAAGUAUAACCUGAUAAUUGAGGAAGAAGAGGAGGCACAGAGUCAUCGUCACUCUGAGAAGAAACACAAGGAGAAAAGGCACCAUCAUUCCGAUGAUGAGGACAGCAGGAAGUCCAAAAAACGCAAGGACAGCGAGGAGGGCAGGCGUGACAGAAAAGGAGGCCGCCAGCGGUCCCGCUCGCGAUCCCGCUCAAGAGACAGGGACCGGAAACACAGCAAGUCCCGGGUCAAACAUGGAAAAGAGGGGCAUGAUAAAGGGCACAGGGACAGGAGCCGCAGCCGCUCCCCCAAGAGGUCAAAGGACAAAGAGAGGAGCAGAUACAGAUGAGGGGGGGGAUAGAGGAAGAUUGAUGGUUCUUGUAUAUACAAUACUGAACUGUGAGCAGCAUGAAAUGGUGUCUGAAUAUUCAUCAUCCUAAACUUCCUCUAAAAUCACUUGACCUUGACUUUAAGGGAACUGGUCAGGUGAUUAUCAGGUCUUUGUCACAUUGUCUAGAUCAACACAAUGAAAUGUUUUUAUAUGUAAAUUAAAAGUUCACUGUAACGUG